UUUGGAGCCUUUUAGUCUGUAGGUUAUAUACCUAUGUUACUUUUUUACAUUUAUGCUACUGAUUGAUGUAGAAACCGCUUAUUUUCAUUUGUUACACUAAACCCAUCGAUUACAUAAUCCCCUCACCAAAUUGGGAUCUCAUUUUCCUCUUAUUCGGGAGUUUACGGUAAUAUACCCGUCAUGAUGUCAUGCUUAGAUGAAGAUAAACACACCCAUUGGGAUGAGCUCAGGUUCGAGGCAAGCACCUUUUGGUUUAUCAGUGCUGAAAACCAAACCGUAAAUAUUUCGGCCAAGCCUAAUUAAUAAUUCAGUGCGUAUUCAGAAUACAGAUUUACACCCGCUGAACGAAGAGAACCAGUUACGGAACCAGUUGUUACAUUUGACAACUCUUUCUCACAGAAGUUUGCAAGGGUCCAGUGGCUGCUCGUGUCUAAAAGGAGGACGUCAUGUCCACAGACGCCACAUCUCGGGGGGCGCGCUCCACCACUCCUCCCCUGGACGCGCGCUCCCCCAACUCUCCGGUGUCCCCCAGCUCCCUGCGCCUGCCCCCGUGUCGCCAUAGAGACCGUUCCACCUCCCCCAUGAGGGGCUUCCUGGUCCCCAGUCCAGUGCCCACACGCCGCACCCGCACCUGCUCCGCCCAAGCCCGUGCUGCUGAGGGACCCAUGUUCAGCGGAGUCUGCAAGUGCUUCUCACGAUCCAAAGGCCAUGGCUUCAUCACGCCAGCUGACGGAGGCUCUGACAUCUUUGUGCACAUCUCUGACAUCGAGGGCGAGUACGUCCCAGGGGAGGGAGAUGAGGUCAGCUACAAGAUAUGCUGCAUCCCCCCCAAACUCGAUAAGGUCCAGGCCGUAGAAGUGACCAUCACGCACCUGGCUCCCGGCACCAAGCACGAGACCUGGUCUGGAACCGUGGUGGACAAAUGAGGACGCCCUCUGGUGGUGGAGGGGAGGAAGCAUACUUGAACUGCCAUGCUGUGUUGAAGUGGUCCAGGAUUGGAAAUCAGAGUGGUUUGGGGAUGAUUUUCUGUUGUUAUUGUUGUAUUGUUUAUUUUGACCCCAUAGAAAAGGGAACACAAAGGAUUGGUUCAAAGAUAGGUGGUGGUGUUAUGUUUCAGAUGUAAGUAUAUUACCUUGACAAAAUGCAAAAUGCAAAAAAAAAAAAGCUUUUGUCUUUUGACAUGUGUCCUCCCUUGUUUAGCAUCAACAUUGUCAUCACUAUUACAUUUGUAAUGUUACUGAAACAAGCUUGCUUGUCAGCUCUGACGUUGUGAUGGGUGCUUCGUGAUGUGUGAUUUCGGUUUCCAAAGAGGUUGCCCAGGUUGUAUUGUGGGAAUGAGGUGUUCUUGAGAUAUUGACUGAAACCGCAAAAGCCUUAAACUCAGAUCUAGCACACAGAUCCAGCUUUAGAUUGAUAUAGCAGUGGACUUGUUUUGAAUUAUUUUUCAAGGAUGGAAGAAAUAUUUACAAGUAAUGCCUGAAAUGUAUAAUAAUUGCAUUAGUGAAGUGUGAUAAUAUAGCAUCUUUAAAAAGCUU